GUAGCUUCCAUGCAUUUUGCACAACCUACAUUUCGGCUCACACUGAACUCUUUUCUGCCCACCCGUGAUUACCCCUAUUGUGAAAAAGAUCAAACUUAUUGUGAAAAUAAUCAAAAGUGCAUUCCAAUUGCAUGGGUAUGCGACGGUGAGGGAGACUGCACAGAUAAGUCUGACGAACGCGAUUGCCAAAUAGAAGGUUAUCGAAUCGAAGAUAUACCUGGAGUAAUAGAAAGUACAGGAAAAGGGCUUUCUUGGUUGCUUAGGCAACGAAGAUCGGAUUGGGGUUGGGGAAAGGACACCAGUCGAGCCAUUGUCACACUUCGUCUCUCCGAUAGUCUGAAUUUCGAACUACAUGAAAGUCAAUUAAUGUUAAAGCAACUAAAACUUCAACUUUCUGGAACUUUACUCACAAAAGGCGUAGAAAAUAUCGAGGCAUACGAAAUAGCAUCCUACGUACAUUCGUUACUGGCAAUUUGUUCUGAUCCGAGAAACUUUCAAGGGUACGAUUUAGUAGAAUUACUGAAAGAGAAAAUGGAAAAGACAAAAUCAAUUAAUGCUAUGGUUGCAUUGGCAAUUUGUAAUUCAAAUGAAACUCUUUUGUCACGGCAAGUAAGAAAAUUAGAAGAAACUGCAUUAAUAAUAAAGAAUUCACCAUACUCGAUAGAUACUCAGGCGUAUGCUAUUAUGGCUUUGUGGUGUAUGGAAAACCGAAUUAAAUCAUAUCAAAUAAACUCUUCCACGGAUGAAACUUUUAAGUAUAAUAGAAAAAUGCCAUCCUUUAGCGCAAUAACAGAGCAAUUAACUACGUUACAGAAUGAAGACGGUAGCUUCGGAAAUUUGCACACAACUGCCAUUUUAAUGCACGCGCUAUUUUCCGUGGAUUUAAACGUCAGCAUCGCGAAACAACAAAUUGUAACGAAAGCCAUUAAUUAUAUCAUUUCGCAACAAAACCAAGACGGAUCCUUCGGGGAUAGUUUGGCAACAUACUUAAUACUUCCAAUACUGAAUAGAAAAACAUUUGUCGAUUUGGGAAAAUUAAAAUGCUCAAUGGUCAAACCACGUAACAUUACGAUGCAGGAAGAAAUCGAUUCUAAAAAACUCUCGAAGCACCGUGUUAGCUACUUUAUUUUCGUUGGACAAGACAAAGAUAUCAUUUUUAAUAUUUUAUUAAACGUUCCCGUUAAUUCGACGUUUUACGAUGUCAUGCGAUUAGCUUCAGAAUUAGAUAAUAAAUUUCGAUUUAAAUAUCAUGAUUAUCCGUGGGGUAAGUAUAUAUAUAUGAUAUUCGGUCUAGUCAAUGAUCCCGAAAAAAGAAUUUACUGGCAACUUUAUAAAAAAGUCGACAAUUCGACAAUCUAUUUUGAACAAUCACCCGAUAAAGUGAUUCCGGAAGAGGACAGUGUAUACGUUUACUGGUAUAAAGCAUUAAACGACUAAAAAAUUUUUACUGUAAGUUU